AUGGAGUGGGUUCGUGGAGAAACAAUCGGAUACGGCACGUUUUCCACUGUCAGUCUAGCGACGCCGUCUAAUAUCAAAGGCUCCGGCGAGUACCCGUCACUCAUGGCAGUCAAAUCUUCUAACUCUUACGGCGGAAUCGCGAACGAGAAGUCGGUGUUGGAUUCACUUGGCGACUGCCCUGAGAUCGUACGAUGUUUCGGCGAAGAUCAAACGGUGGAGAAAGGCGAGAAGCUGCAUAACUUGCUACUCGAGUACGCUUCGAGAGGAAGCUUAGCGUCUCAGCUAAAGAAACUUAACGGUGAGGGUUUACCGGAAACCACCGUGCGCCGCCACACAGGAUCCGUGCUCAGAGGGUUACGUCGCAUUCACUCUAAAGGGUUCGCUCACUGCGAUAUAAAACUCGAGAAUAUUCUGUUAUUCGGCGACGGCGCCGUUAAAAUUGCGGAUUUCGGAUUGGCGAGAGAUUUAACGGCGUCAAAAGAAGGCGUGGAGAUACGAGGGACGCCGUUAUAUAUGGCGCCGGAAUCCGUUAACUAUAACGAGUACGGAGCAGCUGCUGACGUGUGGGCGUUAGGAUGCGCCGUAGUUGAGAUGUUUAGCGGCGAAACGGCGUGGAGUGUUGAAGAAGGGUCGCACUUCAUGUCGUUUUUGUUACGAAUCGGUGUCGGCGAGGAGUUGCCGAGGGUUCCAGAAGAGUUGUCGGAGGAAGGAAAAGACUUCUUGUCGAAGUGUUUCGUUAAAGAUCCCGAGAAAAGAUGGACGGUUGAGAUGCUUUUGAACCAUCCGUUCGUGGCCGUUGAUUGUGAAGAUGAUGAUUAUGAUCAACGAGACGAGUUAUGUUUGAAGGGGAAGGACAAAGUAUCGAAGUCACCGAGAUGCCCGUUCGGAUUUCCUGACUGGGAAUCUAUGUCGUCCGAGUCAGAGAUUCAAUAUCAGCCGUUGGAUUCUCCGGUGGAGAGAUUUGCGAGCCUGGUUAGUGAAUCGAUACCUAAUUGGUCUGUCUCCGAAGGCUGGGUCACCGUACGGUGA